ACGUGUGGUCUGGUGCGGACCAACUUAACGUGAUUUGUGCUCUGUAAGGCAGCUGACAUGUAACAAAUUCAGCUUUAGUAUCAAAAAUUGGAGCCGUCGUCCGAAACGACGUGGCUAAAAUGGAGUUUUACGACGAUAAUUCCGCUGUUAAGGAUCGCAUCUUAGAAGACAUCAGGAAGGCGAUCAAGUUGCUCCACCAGCAGGAGGUGCAGCAGCUGAAGCGGGACGCGGCGAGCCGCGCGCCGUGCCCUGCGAUUGCUGCGCUGGUGAGCCACCUGGACGCCGGUCUGCGGCACUGCCUGCGCGAGCAACGCCCCGGGUACUGGCCGUUCGUCGCGGACGUCUCUCACUCGGAAACCCGGCGCACUCUGGCCGGCAUCUCCUCACCUUCAGCCAGGGGGAAGGCGUGGGUGCAGCUGGCCGUGUCGGAGGGUUUGCUGCGCAGCCACCUGCAGUGCGCAGUGUCGGACCGCGAGGCGCUGGCGCGCCACUACGGGGACCGCGCACUGCUGCGCGACCACGCGCGCUUGCGGCAGCUGCUGCAGCUGGUCGGGGUCGCGGACGCCGUCGCCGGGGGGCUGCUGCGACAGCGGGCACUGGAAUUGCGAAAACUGACAGAAGAGGAGUCUGGGAAAGGCACUCCGGGAGCAGGUGCGACGGGCCCCGACCCUCUGAUGAUGGCGUCGGCCACGUCGUCGCUGGCAUCGCCUGUAGACUCCGGGGUCGCCCUGCUGGAUAGCGACAGCGAAGCGACCACAGCCAACGGGGAGCCGGACGACGGGUCGAGUCUGCGGGAGGUGGAAGCCGCAUUCCACGACACGGAGGGCACCACACCUACGCCGUCUCUGGCCUGCCCGCCGCCGGUCGCCGUCGUGGAGAGCUGCGGCUCGCCUGCCGCGGAGACUCCUGUUGGCAGCGAGGGCUCGUGCGACGCAUUUGUGUACCCGAACUCGGACCCCGCGAACGUGCAGGACGCCGUGGAGAGACAGGUGCUGAACGAGAUUGCGCGACGCUUCAAGGAGAGCAACUCCCCCAGGAGGAAGGUGGACAGUAGCACAAAAGCUGGUACAAACCAACCUGCUGACACAAAUAAGAUGAGCGAGCCUAUCAUUACGAUGUGCAAUGAAAAGAAGUACGAAAUGGAGGAAAAGUGUGAUCUCAUGAACAAGGAAGCCAGCGUAAUGUGCGACAGUGAAGCCAAGAACAAUGAGAAGAACCGCAUCUACCACUCGCCAGAUAACAAGCAGCUAGAAGCAGCAGUUGGUGACACGGACGGCAUCGUCUUCCGGAGGCACCGUCGCCGCCGCAAGGGCAACGGCGACCCGGCGACCCCGAAACGCGUCUCCUUCCACGGGGACGUGGGUGUGGGCGGGGCGACUGCCACGCACGUGCAGGGGCAGCAGUUCUCGGCGAGCUUCAUGCCUGCCCAUCCCGUCGUCAAGAAGGACGUCGUGCCCGGCAGGUACAGCUGGUGCGCCGAAGGCGACGCACCGUUUGUGGAGCGCCGAGAUGGGGGAGCGGGAGGCACUCGCUCCGACGUGCUGCUGGCGUCUUCCACGUCUUCUGUGGCGACGACUGAUACGACCGGGACAGAAGGUGCAAAAGAUGCAGAGGUCAGGGCCUCGACUGACAGCCUCGAGGUGUCGGAGGAGCGCGGCAUCCCCGAGGGGCGGGAAGACCCCCCGAGGCCGGCGGGGACGGACCGUGGCGGCUACCGGCCCUCUGGCAGUGGUGUCGCCAGCUGCGGCGCCCUGACGGCAGGAGCUGACGACAGUGCAAUAGCGGCAGCAGCCGCCGCCGCCGGGUCUAGGGGAGGAUGCUUUGUACUCAGUGCCUCUCUUGCAAAAUUUGCCUCCAUGGCUUCUUCCAUAGACUACUGGUCAUCAGAUGAAGCGGACGGUGACGAGUCUGCCCUCACGGACAAGCGCCAGUCUAUGCUCUCUGUCGCGUCAUCAGCUCCGAGUCUGAAAGCUCGCAUAAGCCAACGGCGGCUGACAGCUCUCUCACAGAAGCCGUCAAAAGCUCCUCUCCUCCAAAGGUUCAUGCGCUCGCUGGCGGGCUCCGCGCCACGCCGGCCACUCCCACAGUGGCGCCGCGGACUGCCCGUCGCCGCCCCCGCUUCCCUCUUCCCGCGCCUCCCCUGUCCCGUCCCCACUCCCCCCAUCAGCGCGACCGACUCGCCGGAGAGGGCGGUCGCCCUCGCGGCCGCCGACGCGACGUUUGCCGCGGAAAUGCGCCAGCUUGCUGCGCAGAAGAUUUCUGCCGCAGCUGCAGAGGCGGACUGCGGGCCUCCCGGCGAUGUGGAGCUGGACCGUGAAAUUGCACAGAAAGCAUUCUCUGCGACUGUCUUCUGUCGGCCUACUGAGACACUGUACAAGGUGUACAAGGUGAGCAGCUCCUACUGGUCCCCGGACGGGGCAGGCCCUCGCCCGCUGCUGCUGCUGCUCACCGACUGGGGCGUCUACGUGUGCGGCCUCAGAGCCAACCUGACCUAUUGUGCCGUGCUUGCUCUUGCCUACAGGGACUUGCACACUGUCAUUGCGGGCCCGCGGCUGCAGACGUUGAUCCUGGUUCCGGAUCCCGUGACACACCCACUGCCGCCACUAGCCCUGGCGACGCCAGAUGGCGACUGCGCACGCUCGCUGCUCUGCCACCUGGACGUGGCGGCGCGCCGGGCGUCCGCCUCGCAGAAGGUCCCCGGCGGCCCCAGGGCGCGGCUGCUGCUCCCGGUGCGGGGCGGACCGACGGCUCCGGCAGUCGCGGAGGUGUCGGCGGAUGACAUGGCGCGCCUCAAGGCUCAGUUGGACGUGAGUGUCGUGGAGGCUCCCCGGCGCGUCACGGGUCGUCCCCGGUCAGAGGGUAGUGUGCGGAAAGUCCCGGAGAAAGGGAUGGGCUCAGCAGAUGACGAGGUGGGCACAAACGUGCCGCAUCCGGAUGGGGUGGCCGCGUUCCGCGAGUACUGCCGCCGCUGCGUCGUUUUUUGCAGCGACUCCACAAGUGCCGAACUUAAUGGUGCAGUUUGUAAGGUAUUACAAACAGUUGGUUCGGCAUACCUCGAAGAAGCUUUAGGAGGUGACUUGUACGUCGUACCCUUCGAGGCCGGAAGCAGUGCGGGAUGCUCGUGCUGCCAGUUUACGUGCACGAGUAUAAGUGUGCCGGCCAGUCCGGGCCGAGACAGUCCGUCUACCGAGAUGCGGAGCUCGUACCGUGUUUGCCCGGCGGCUGCAGUGUCGCCACUGCCGCGCGACGUGUACCGGCCGGGCCGAUGCCUCGAGACGUGCCGUUUGCACCGAUUGUCAGAGUCGGUGGGUGUGCCGCAGGUGGAGGAGAUGGUGCACUAUGCGCUGGUGCGCGUCCAGGACGAGCAGCUGAGCCCGCCCUCGACCCCGCUGGGCCCGCAGCGACAGGGAUACCUGAUGGCGCGCGCCUCCGAGGACGAGCCGUGGCGCCCCGCCUUCUUCAUACUCAAGGCGGGCGUGCUGUACCAGUUUGCGGACCAGGCGCAGCGCCUGCCUCUGAGCGCCCUCCUGCUGGGGGGCGGGCACUGCCUGGGGGCGCGCCGCAUCGCCGUCGCCCACGCGCGCCCCCACUCCUUCGAGCUGUGCACCGCGGCCGACGGGGACGGCUCCGGUGCGGUGGUGGAAGGCCGCGACAGGCGCGUGCUGCAGAUGGCGGCCGCCGACGAGUACGAGGCCUCGGAGUGGCUGCAGGCGCUGGUCCAGGCUGCGUCUGGGCUGUACGAGGUGGAGCGGGCGGAGACGGUGCCGUGCUCGGUCGUACUGACGCCGACGUCGGUGCUGACGUGCCGCGAGCACUGGUGGCCGCGCUGGGUGGGCGUCGGCAGCCCCGGGGGCGGCGCGGAGGGGCGUCACGGGCGGGCGGAGACCCUCGCCCGUGCGCCGCUCGCCGACAUCACGUCCGUCACGGUCGCCACCGACAGCGACAGCUGGUGCAUCCUGGAGUUCUCGUGCCGCGAGGUGCACGCCACAAGCGGAGACUGGGUGCUGUACUUCGCGUCGCCACGCGAGAUGAUCGCCUUCAGGGAGGCCCUGCGCGCACUGUGGCCCUCUGUUUCAAAGAGAGAAUUCCCGCUGCGCGGCCGGCUGGAGGAAGGUCUGCACCGGCGCUGUGUGGAAACGGCCCUGCAACUCGCGGCCGCCUGGGACCAGCUGCUGCCACUCGGCUAGCUGCGGAUGAAUGCUGGGCAUUGGAAGGAUGUCUCUCUGUAAUGUGCGGUGCGGAACAGAUGGUCGAGGAGCGGGAGUGUCUGCCAAAAACUGGGCCUCGGCCACUCCCCAGCUCUUCUGACCCCAUUCCUAACCUUUUUCGCUACAGUUCCUGAGAUUUGCCUCUUCUCUUCUGACCACGUAUCAAUAGUGCUAUGCCAGUUAGCAGGAAAACAACUCUGCAGCCAAGAAAAUCGGUAAUCCUAAAAGGAAAAGGGUAUACUACAAUACUAGCAAGAGCCUUAUCUGUGACGUUUGUCUUCUGCUCUGUAUAUAAGAUAUCUCAAAAUCUGCUGUUUCUUUCUCUCAUGUUAAAAUUCUUAUUUAGACACUCUGUGCUCAUUCCCUACUGUUAUCUUCUUGUCAUUGUUAGUAACUAUAUGCAUGAAAUUAACUAGUAUUAUUCGUGUAUGUAAAAUUCAUCAAAAGUAUUGUACAUAAUUGUUACCAGCCAUUCUCAAAGCAGUGCAAACCAGAGUCAGUUUGUCCUGUCAGUAUUGACAGGACUAAAAUAUGUAUGUCCCAUCAGUCUGAGCUUCUCGAACCAGAGUCUACUUUUACAGGAGUACAAUACAUUUGACCAGGGUGAGUACGAUACGACAAAUUAUAAAGAAACUCAUAAAGGUUGGGAUCAGAAUUGGUGUUUAAAGAGAGCUAAUGUGAUAGUUAUAUUUCAGAAUUCAAACAGCAUUGCUAACUGUUUGUUUUGCACAUUUUUGCCCUCUUCUGACAAGUUUUAUAUAAAUGAACCGAUUUCUGAAGUUCCAGAAAUGGCCAUUCCAUGUUAUUCCUCCACACAUGCACUAUCUUUACCAUGAGAAAGCACUCUCUUGUUCUGAAACAUAAACACCUCCUGUGUUUGAUAUUUUUCAUUAAAGCACGGUUUCUGCCACUUAUUUGAAAUUUUGAUUUUCAGGCAACAGAAGUGAGAGGUGUACAUGGGAGAGGUAAAUGUUGCAAGAGGUCCCUCAAUAGAUUUUUAAAAUGAUACACUACGCUUGAACUUGCAUGCUAAACUUUCAUUCUUCACUAAUUACAAACAGAAAACAACAGUUAUAGAUAUAGUACGGGGUGGUGACUGAGUCAUUCAGAUUGACAGGAAGUAGCUGCAUGAAUUAGUAUAGUGGCAUCACGGUCCCAGUAUACAAAAAACACAGAAGUUAUUUGCAAGUUAAAGAAUACUAAAGGGGUGAGAGACAGAAGUUGAGACAUGUAAAAGCAAAGUGUUACAGAAAGCUGGAGAAGGAGACAUAAUUGGGUAAGAAAGGAGCAUAUAAACAAUCUGGCUAUGAAGAUAAUGACAGUAUUUGUUUGUAUUGUCCGCCUAGCCUAUACUUCUGUCCUAUAUUUCCUUCCCCUCUCUCUCCUCUCCCUCUCUUUUUCUUCUUUCCUCCACU